UCUUCAGCCAUGGAGCUUUACGAAGAGGCGUUCAAGCUACAGGAAAUGAUAGAGUCGGACAUGCGAGCUGAGCUGUCGCCAUCGGGGGGUGACCUGCGCUGCGGCAUGGUGGACGACUCUCUGGACGCGUUUGAGACGCCCUCCGUCUGGUCCACCGGCAUCUCGCUCAUCUCGGAGCUGGACGGUCUCGAGGGUCUUCUUGUCGACCCGCAGACGGGGCUGCCGUCCCACCACCGGUCCUCCACAGGCUCCGGCACGUUGCAACUAAAUGUCACGCUCGCGGCCGUCACCACGGCAACAGCAACAGCACCCACCGUGGAAACUACGUCUUCGGCAACGUCAUUAGACCAGCUGAGCGUGCAACCCAUGUCAUCACCGUCCUCGCCCGAUGACGAUGCGGCAGUGGUGACGACGUUGCAGGACGUGGCAACGGUUGACGACGCCCUGGCCUCUGGUUCCUACCCUAAGCCGGCCUACUCGUACUCCUGUCUCAUCGCCAUGGCGUUACGAAAUAGCAGCACGGGAAGCCUUCCCGUCAACGAGAUCUACAGCUUCAUGACGGAGAACUUCCCUUACUUCCGGACGGCACCGAGCGGGUGGAAGAACUCCGUACGCCACAACCUGUCCCUCAACAAGUGCUUCGAGAAGAUCGAAAAGCCUGGCGCGCAGCAGCGCAAGGGCUGCCUGUGGACGUUGAACCCGGCCCGGGCGGCCAAGAUGCACGACGAGCUUCUCAAGUGGAGCCGCAAGGACCCGGUGGCCAUUCGGAGAAGCAUGGCCAAUCCCGAACGCCUCGAACUGCUCGAACGCGGCCAGCCCCAGUCCACCGUUGCCGCCCCCAACGACUCCACACACAACAGCGAAGAGGGCUGACGCCUCGGCCCCGUCCGGACCGAACCCUAGUCAGACGGACCGUGCACGCGCUCCAGGAGCGCCACAGAGUCUGCCGGUCCUCCUCUUCUUCUGUGGUAGCCACUGUCGAGAGACGCUCGGAAACGGAGUGCGGAUAUUCUCGAUUCUUGCCUCGUGCUGGCUGCCCUCCGAUCCGCUACCACCGUUGCCGCUUCGGUGCAACUUCCAGGACACCGUUGUGAUAAACCUGCGCUCCCAGCUCUCCGGUUUACGCUUACCCGGUCAAAUCACAUCCAUUCACCGCUGUGCUCGCAUAUCACCCCCUACACUAUACACAAGACAGUAUCCAGCGAGUGAAAAACACCGUGCGUGGUGGUAGUCGGGUGUAGAACCGAGAAAAAUAGCAAAUCCUUUAGCACUUACACGCUAUUGGCAUCAAGGAUGUCACAACACGACGUGCUGCAAGAGGUACCGUAAGUGGUGCCUUUCCUGUGUAGAGUAGUGUCAGCAUAAGUGAAGACAGUUGCGCCAUGCACGUCCAGAAAGUGUAUGACACACAGUUGCUACCCAGUGUUGCCAGGCCAGCCCUAAAAAUCAAACAAUUAGUUUGAAGGGGUGUAGUGGAGGUUAAGGAAAAGU